AUGGGUACAAGUGGUCGGUGUUUUCACAGAAACACAAGAUCAAGUUGUUCAUAUUGCUUUUUCUUUAAACACUUCCAACAGAAGAUGAGAAAAUGUCUCUUUCUAUCUAUCUAUCUAUCUAUCUAUCUAUCUAUCUAUCUUGGUGUGUUCAUAUCUAUCACAGUCUUUUUUCUUCAACUAUAUUUCUAUCUUUUUCACAUCCUUUUUUCUCUUUUCUCUCUUUCUUUCUCUUUUCUUUCAGGUUUUCUUUCUCUCUCUCACGUUUUUAACUUUUCUUUAUUCCUCUUUUUUCCCUCUCAUCUUCCUCCUCAUCUUCAUAUUUUUUCUCUUCCUCUCUUCCCGUUUUUCUUUUUUUCUCUCUGUUUUCCGCUUUUAUUUCUCCUUCUUCUUGCCCUUCUCCAUUACGCCUCUUCAUUCCCCCCCAUUCUUUCUACCGUCUUCCUUUUCCGUCUUCAUUCUACUUAUUUUCCUCUCUUCUUUCCCCUUUUUCUUUUUCUCUCUUAUCUUCUCUUUCACUCGCUUGUCCCCCUCAUUUUCAUGCCUCUUCUUUUUCCCCUUUCUUUUCCAUUUCGUCUUCCUUCUUUUUUCCAUUCUUCAUUCUCCUUUUUCUUUUCCUCUCUUCUUGUCCUUUUCACCUCUUCUUUCUCCCUCUUCUUUUACCCACUUUCUCCCCCCUUCUUCCUCACUCUUUUUUACACUCUUCAUUCUCCAUUUUCUUUUCCUUCUUUUUUCCUCCUUUUCUCUGUAAUUUCCCUCUUUUUCUUCUUUUCCCUUAUCGUUUCCCGUCUCUUCUUUACCUCUCUUCUUUUGACCAUUUUUUUCUUUUCUUCUUGUCUUUUCUGCUUCUAUCAACUCUUCUUUCUCUAUCGUCUUUUCCUCACAUCUUCCUUCUUCUUUCCUCUUUUUUUUUCUCCAAUUGUCUUUUCUUCUCUUCUUCCCCAACUUUUCAUCUAUUUUUUUUUGUCUCGUUCUCUCAUCUUUCUUCGUUUUCUUUCCUCUGUUCUUAACCACUCUCCUUUUUUCUCUCUUUUUCUCCCCUCUUUUCUUGUCUAUUUUUCCCCUCUUUUUCUUUUCAUGCUUUUACCAACUCUUAGAUCUUACUUUUGUUUUAUAUUCUUUCCCUUUUUUGAGAAAUCAUUCCGUUUUUCUUUCUUUCUUUCUAGAAAUCAUUUGGUUCUUUCUUUCUUUCUUUCUUUCUUUCUAGAAAUCAUCCGAUUCUUCUUUCUUUCUAGAAAGCAACCGGUUCUUCUAUUUUCUUUGUUUGUUUGUUUGUUUGUUUCUUUCUUUCUUUCUUUUAAUUAUCCGAUACUACUUCUUUUUUUUUCUAGAAAUCAUCUGAUUCUUUCAUUUCUUCUUUCUUAUAGAAAUUUUCAAUCUUUCAUUACUUUCUUUUUUCAUUUAAAAAUCUUUCGAUCUUUCCAUCUCUGUAGAAAUCCUUUUCUUUUUCUUCUUUCUUUUCGCCUGUCUUUAGAAAUUCUUCAGUAUUUUUUUUCUCUUCCUUUCUUUCUAGAAAUCAUUCAAUCUUUCUUUCAUUUCUUUAUUUUUAGAAAUCUUUUAGUUUUUCUUUUAAUUGUUUCUUUUUUUUUAAAUACUUCAAUUUUUCUUUUUCUUUUUCUUUUUCUUUCUAUACAUAUUCGGUUUUUCGUUCAUUUCUUCUUUCUUUUUUAUAAAUUCUUUGUGUUUUUCUUUCUUUUUUUUCUUUCCAACAUUCUAUUUAAAAAGAGUUCAGAACUUUCUUUCCUUCUUUCGUUUUGUCAUUCUUUUUCAAUGACCCCCCCGCCUCCCAUUUUCAUUCUUUCUUAA